UUGUCCGAUUGAUAUUUCAGUCAUCGACAGUUGCAUCGGAUUGACGAAUAAAUCUUUCAGUGAUUGUGUUUGAUAAUUGAAUGCUAUCCGAUGACACACUUUUGGGUUGUGACAGCCGCUGCGUGCUGUGUUUUGAUAUUGCGGAUAUCCGCCCAGAUGGGAAUUCCUAAUAACUACAUCUGCACUGACGAUUUCUGCGACGCGUACCGUGAAAAUUCAGAGUGUGAAACAUUGAAGCUCUCUUGUCUGGUGCAGAAUUCAACCCACAAUGGAAUAAUUUUACCCUCGAUAAGUCCAUGUUCCUGCUGUCAAACGUGCAUUGAGAAUUUAAAGCUGGGUGAUGAUUGUUCUGUCGGUGGUUUGGGGUCCCCCGUUCCGACGGGGAUCUGUGGACCGGGACUCUAUUGUAUGGUUGUCGAGGGAGAGGAACAUCCGACGUGUCAACCGAUGCACGAGUCUAGUAAAUGCUAUACUCAGCAAAAGAACUUUGAUCAGAGUAGGGAGGAUGGAACUAUCGGAAAUUUGAUGCAGAGGCCAGCCUGUGACGCGGAUGGAAAUUUUGCGCCGGUCGUUUGUAUACCUGGACAAACCUGUUACUGCGUAGACGAAGACGGUAAUAGAAUUUUCGGAGAAGCAGUGCAUACUGCCAACAUCCAGAUUUCUAUGAGAUGUGAAUGUGCCCGUCUGGCAGCAAAAGCCCAGAAGCUACUGAGCUCACGCUAUCCAAUUUUUACUUCGCGCUGCGACUCGAAAGGUUCGUUCGAUCAGCUGCAGUGCGUCGAUGACAUCUGCACCUGCGUCGAUAUGCACAGCGGUGAACCAACUUCGGAUAGGAAAAACAUCACCCGCGGAUUAGCUGGACUUCCCUGCUUUAGCAAACGACUUCAUGAGAAUACCACUUAUCUACGGGAGUGUGAGUUGGUCAAGUUAUCACAAAUGCAUGAGAUUCGUCAGUACGAGCAGUUGGGAUUUAAUGUGCUGGAAUUUGAUGCUGAUAUCUGCCAACCGGAUGGAUGGUACAACAAAAUACAAACGAAUGAUACCCACAAAUACUGCGCCAAUAAAGAUGGAACAGUUAUAGAACCAUUUAUCCUAGAAAAGGGAACAGCGGAGGCUGCCAGUAUGAAUUGCAAAUGUGCAAGGGCCCGAAAGAUGUUGUUGGAAAGCAACAGUCUAGAGGUUCCAGACUGUUGCCCUAACGGAAACUACAAGUCACUGGCAUGCCGUAGAGGACAGUGUUACUGCGUAGAUGAGGAUGGAAAUCAAAUUGGUGUUGAGAAGCCAGCUAAGUAUAAAUCGGAGCUGGACUGUUUCAACAAAACAUGUGACAUAUGAUUUUGGGUAGUAGACGAAACCUUCUGUGUUAAUCCUUGUCUUUAAAACAAUAUCAGUAACAGCGAAUAUAUUAUUGUGUAGCACCAAUAAUUACCGAACUUAAUUGUUGAAGAAAACUGUGAAUUUCAGUUAGAAAGUUUUAUAGAAUUGUUCCUAAUUUCUUGAAACAGCAGUCAUUCAGAGUCUAAUUGAACAGAAAUGAAACAGGCUAGGAUUGUCCAAUUAAAAAAUCGAUUGCGUUCAAUGGCUAAAACUGAUAUUUGGGGCAAUAGUUUCUUCUCCAGAAUGAUGAAUGAAUAUAUGUUAUCAUAAGUAA